GGAAUCACCAAACGCAGCGUUACUCGUACCGUUUCGGACCCGAAACUGCCGAUUGGACGGAACUAGAACCUUCAAAAUAUCCGGUUUCGGGAUGACUUUGGGAUUCCUCUGAAAGCGCUGUCUGAGAAAUCCCUUUGCAGGCUUGUUUAACUGGCAGAGAGGCACCUGAAGUCGUUUCCUUUUCUACGUGUUUAGGGACUCAAAAUGAUGGGGUCUUUUCUUUCAAGAGCUCUCAUGCUGACUUUUGGUUAUGCUUAUCCUGCAUAUGAAUGCUUCAAAACUGUGGACAAGAAUAAGCCAGAGAUCGAGCAACUCGUGCUUUGGUGCCAGUAUUGGGUUUUAAUUGCCUUGCUUACCAUUUGUGAGAGAGUGAGUGAUGCUUUCAUUUCAUGGUUACCAUUGUAUGGGGAAGCCAAGUUGGCCCUUUUCAUAUAUCUUCGGUAUCCUAAAACAAAAGGAACGACAUACAUUUAUAAUUCCUUUUUACGGCCUUACUUAGCAAAGCAUGAGACUGAAAUAGACCGAAAUUUGUUGGAGUUAAGGGUUAAGGCCAGGGAGAUUGCAGUUGUGUAUUGGCAAAAGGCUGUCUGCCAUGGGCAGACAAUGUUUUUCAAGAUUCUGCAGUAUGUUUCUUUAACACAGCCUCAACCUGCUCAGCAACAACAGCAUGCCAGAGAUGGCCAACCCCUUGCUUCUUUUCUACCUCACCAUGAAUCUAGUUUUGAAGAAUCUGCUGCAGAAGCCAGUAGCAAGCCAAUAUCAAGUAAACUGGAGGCAGAAAAUGCAAAUGCAAAUGCAAAUUCUCCUCAGAAAGUGAGUGUCAUUGAGGGAGCUGUCCGGGUAACCUGUGAAAAACUGAGGAAAAUCCGGGGCUCAGCUAAUCAGUAGUAGCAUUACAUUACAAUUCAUAUACAAAGAGCACAUUUAAUCUUGCUGAUACCAUAUUCUUAACAAUGGAUGAAUUAAUUCUAAUCCUUAA